GUCCCCCUCGACUUCUAUCGCGCUCACAUCCGUUCGCACCUUCACGCGCUAGCGCUCUGGUACGGCGGUGUGUGGCCUCGUGGUGUUGCCCGUGUCCCCGGUGCUGCUGGUGUGUGUCGUACAACACAAAAAAAAACUCCGAUAAGAAAAUGACGUGUUAAAAGUGGAGCUGCAGGGUGGUUGUCUGUUGCUCGCCCGUAUUCUUAAAGUAUUCUAGCCCUUCGCUGUCCAAAAAUUGCGUACGUGCGUGUCAUUUUCGGCAGCGUGUUGUAGCGGUACCACCGCACACAGUCAGCAGCGGCGGCAGCAUUUAGAGGCGUAUUCUAAGGACAAUAAAUGGAAUUGAAAGCUCCCGGCAGCAGCAGCAGUGUUCGGAGGGUACGGAGUGGAGUGUUUCGGAGAUCACAGAUUUAGUGCACAGCGGGUGGUGCAUCAACAUUUCUGUUACAAAAUCGCAGAGAGAACUACAUUGCGAUCCAAAACGUCGUUCUAAGUAGUGUGUGUGUUUUAGUGUACGCGGAGUGGUCCAAAGUCCCAAAAAUAAGUUAAUUCUAAAAAAAGGGGAUAACAGUAAAACCAGCCCAGAGAAAGUACGUAAAAAGCGUAGGAGCAGCUGAACCAGUCAAUUUACGGAGCACGAUGGCCCGUCACUUGAUGGCAGUGUGCGUCGUCUGUCUGCUCUGUGCGGAUCAUCUGCCCUGCAAGCAACAUUUCUCCGACGAUGGUACGGAGAAGCUCGUGCCCGGCCCUCGGGGGACGUUACGCAACGUGCGAUCGUUGCUCGAUCAGCAGCAGUACGAGCCGGUGGUGGCCGCAUACGACGCAGUGCAUCGAAUAGUGAGGCGCCAUGCUCACCACCAUCACGAGGAAGAGGAAGAGGAUGUGCACACGGAAGGUGUUAGCGAAGCGCCGACGGAGUUCGACCGACUGAUAAAGGGAAAGAUGGAGCUGGCGAUGAGGAAAAUUUUCACCGAAUACGGUGAUCCGGCAUCGAUGACGAUGGAUGUGCAAGGGUUCGAGCGGAUGGUGCGUCAGCUGGGUAUGAUUCGGCUGGUGCAACCGGGAGUCGCAGCACCGAUUGACGGAAGUGGAUCGGACCCAACCGAAACAACGCCCCAGCAGGUAGAUUCUCUAAAGUGCAUUAGCAGCAAUGAUUUUCUACGGCGCGUUACACCACCGAAGAUACGGUCCCAGGAAUGGGAGGAUGCAACUAAAAGUGAUACAAGUAGUAACGAGGCGGAAAAAGAAGGCAGCAACAGCCAACCGACCGACAGUACGUCCGUCGAUGGUGGUGACAGUGUAAAUCAGAAAUCAGGAGCAAAGCUUAUUUUAACGAAUGAUAAGAUACAAAACACUAGCAUUAGUAACAGCAGCGCUAACAGUGAUAGCAGUAAUAAUAACACUAGCAACAACAGCAGUAGUAGUACCGAAGAUCCACUGCUCGUAAGAGUGCUGGUGCCCGAGGAGAAGCAAAUGAAUGCGAGUAGUGACAACAGCACCACAAUCCUUCCACGGGUUGAGUCUAGCGUGAUGCUUGGCGAUCGCGAUCUUUACAGCGUGUGUCCGAUGCUGCUGGGCCAUCUGCUAUCGACCGUGCCGCUGGAACGGUCCGGCUGCUUCGAUGAGGACAGCAUUCCGCCGCUGCUGGUGAGCAGUCUGCUGGACCAGAACGAUCCUCACCAUCACCAUCACCAUCAUCACCAUCACCAUCACGGCGACGGUGGGUCCGAGGCGGCCGUCUGGAUCUACUCGUUCCUCACGAUACUGGGCGUGAGCUUGUGCGGGCUGCUCGGCGUGGCAGUGAUACCGUGCAUGGAUAAGCAUUUCUACCACCACGUGCUGCAGUUCCUGGUGGCGCUCGCGAUCGGCACGCUGUGUGGCGAUGCCCUGCUGCAUCUCCUACCGCAUGCGAUGCUGUCCUCGCUGGGCAACGCCAAGGCUGCGCACGAUGCGAUGAUGUACAAGGGACUGGCGGCGGUGCUCGGCAUCGUGUUCUUCUACUUCAUGGAGCGGUUCCUCACCGUGAUCGCGGAGUGGUGCAAAACGCGCCAGAAAAAGGACAAGCCGCCGUCGCGGGUGCGUGUGAUGCGCGAUCCGGAAUCGACCUCGCUGCACGCGGCGAGCGCGGGCGAGAAGCAGUGCAAGCACAAGUACAGCUCCUACCCGUACUGCUACGACGAGAUCGCGAUGGACACGAAGGACGACCAUCACGAGCACAACACGGGCUCGGGCACGAACGAAAACCACAACAGUGCGCUGGCCAAGUGUGCCAACCAUCAUCACAACGGUGAGCUGAACGCGGACCACGGUUCCUCCGAGUACGCCGGGCUGAACAAUCACCAUGCGCACCAGCACGCGGCACAGGAAGCGAACGAUAACAACACGGUGUCCACCAACCUGGACGAGGGAUCGAUCGAGAGCGAGCAGCUGAACAAUCACCAUCAAACAGGUGCUGCUGGCGGCGGUGCUGGUGGUCGCCAGGGCAGCAAGUCUUCGGAGCCGGCGAGCGGGAAACUGCGCCCGGAGAACUAUACCAUCAUCCUGCGCGAGCACGAAACCAAACACCACGGCCAUUCGCACACGCACGGACACGUGCACUCGCCGCCCGGGUCGCUGUCGGCCGUCGCCUGGAUGGUGGUGAUGGGCGACGGACUGCACAACUUCACCGACGGCAUGACGAUCGGGGCAGCGUUCGCGAACAACAUUGCCGGCGGCUUCUCCACCGCGAUUGCCGUGUUUUGCCACGAGCUGCCCCACGAGCUCGGGGACUUUGCGGUGCUGCUGAAAGCGGGCAUGUCGGCGCGGGAGGCCGUCUACUACAAUCUGCUCUCCUCGCUGCUCAGCCUGCUCGGUAUGGUGUUGGGUAUUAUCGUGGGCCACCAGCCGGAAGCGUCGUCGUGGGUGUUUGCCGUAGCCGCUGGCAUGUUUCUGUACAUUGCGCUAGUUGAUAUGAUUCCCGAGCUCACAUCAUCCCACGGUGCGGAAGAACGGUGCAAAACGUCCGAAUUUGUGCUGCAGUUCCUGGGACUGACGCUUGGCUUCAGCAUUAUGAUGGUAAUAGCGAUGUACGAGCACGAUUUGAUGCUGAUAUUUGUCGAUUGAGGUUGCUGUGCAGAAGGCGCCCUGCGCCGGCAGACGCCAAAACAGUAACUACUUCUUUCUGCUAGCGGUUCACGAUCAGUUAGUUCCUCGACGCAAAGCGUCUUUUUCGCGUGCUCUGCAACAAAAAAACAAGCGUACCAUUGGGUUUUUUUUCAUUGGUGGUGUCCACUGAUAGUAUACACACAGCACGCAGGCAGGAAGUUCUUUCGGCAAAACUUUACUAGCCAGUUUUCAUCCUACACUCGCAUAGACACUCCUACUAACCGUCUAGAGGACCUGUACAGUUAAGAUAUUGGCAAAAGGCGCAACAUGGGAGAAGCAAAAUCACAUGCUACACACGCAGCACGAGCGCACUAUCUCUCUAUCUCUCUACACCGUAAAAAAAGCAGAAAGAAACUCAAAAAAGAAAGUAACAAUCUGAGGAAAAUAUGAUGUGGGAAAACCCGUUUACACAGUAAUAAGCGAAUCGGAAGGAUGGGAAGCUUCUUCUUUAGGCGUAAGCAUAAUGUGAUCGUUGCGAUAAAAAAACAAAAACGUAGUAGAAGCAUUCGAUAUCUCUGUAACCAAAUAAGUUAAAACACGAGCAAAACUGGAACUGAAUCCCAUGAAAGCUAGGGAAAAUGGGAAAACUUAUCCACUAGCUGUCAGUGUAGCUAGUGCAGAAGUGGGGCGAUCCUUUGUACAGUACUAUAUCAUCACCGACUGCUCUACUGUGCGUGUUUCGCGUGCGACUUUAUCACACAAACGUGUGCUUCCGGUGAUGGUGGCAUUCGUUACAAACGAAUCCAUGCUGCACCGGAUGCACUCGUCGAACGUUUCCGGUAGGAAUUUUCAUAGUUUUCCUUUCAAGUAGUAUAGUAGCGUGGCAGGUUUUCUAACACACAAAACAACAACAAAACAAAACAAUACCUAAUGCUUUUCCGCAGGCUCUCAGAGAUAUAGAUAAUACACAACCAACAACAAAAGUAUUACAAGUCUUAAUGCAUGUUACACACAAGCGAAAUUAUAAUGAACGGUAAUCUUACAACAAACAAUUCACAAACACAAUGCAAAAUGGCGCGACCGAUCCCGUGUGUUUGUCUGUUUGUGUGUGAAUUGUGAAAUAAUUUCCCUAUUGGGAUGUCGAUUAGUUUUGAGUAGUAAGUUUCCUUUUUGCGCUUUUCAUCUGUCUCUGCCGGUAUUUGAGUAAGGGUUUUUUUUUUAAUAUUUUUAAUAUUGUUCGGAAAGCGUUACACAUACCUUUUUCAGAUUGUGGCAUUUUUAAUACACUUUUGAGCGCGGUCAUCCACGGAAAAAAUCCUAAAAGAGAGAUAACAUAUUACGAUUGUCCUGUAAGCUGUAAUUCUUUUAUACGCAGUAUGAAAAUGGUACUUAGAAGGUACUUUAAUAGGUUGUUUUUUUUUGGUUUAGUCAGGCAAGGAGUAUCUUAGGAUUGAAGAACAACCAACAAUAGCAACUAAUUCAUGAUUAAUGUCUCCAACACAGUAACACAACAAUUCAACAAUAGGAUUAGUUCAAGCGUUUUUGCUUCAUCUGUACAUAACAUCGUCGUCUUACUACAAACUCUACAAAGGUGGCCAAUUUCAUGUUUCCGUUAUUGUUUUCGCUAUCUAUGGUCGAUGCAAUUGAUCGUUUCGGCCAGCAAAAGGCAGUUUUUUGGCUGAUUUAAGGGCGUUUUUUUUUGGGAGGACAGGAAGGGGCGCGCACGUGCGCUUGUUUUAGUUUCUGCUGCGUUUUAUUUUGCUUUCAAUUUUGAGCACUUCUGGAGAACCUAUCUAAUAAUUCAGUGAGUCAUAGAGAGGAGGGAAACAGCAUCCAAUAACCAAUAACAACUAUUCUUCAACAUGUAGCUCUUAAGUAGAAUAACAAAUUUUGGUAGUCUUUAGUGUUUACAUUUGUUUUACUUUUUGCAACGUUAGGUUUUUCUAUUUGUUUUUUUUUUUCAUUCUUACGCUUUUGAAAACAAUGUAGAAGGCAAUAACAAUAAACCGAAAAUGAUGGUGUUACUACCCCAACUAUGCAGAACAAUAAAGUGGAUUCAAUUUAA